AUGACUUAUCAAACCUUCACAACCCGAACAGUUCUACCAUUAAGAUAUCUGAGUCGGCAUUAUGGAGGCAGCGACUUUGUUGGAAUCCAACGCCAUAGUCAUUCUCAAGCACAUUAUUCGUCACGGCCUUCGCAUAGAUCCAUCAAGGAUGACCUUUUCAUUGAUGAGGAGGGCUUGGAACAUCCGCCAUUAUCAGACAAAAAGUAUAAACGAGUCAAAGAUUCGAAGAUCUAUGUAACGGAAGACACGCUGGAUUUUCUGCCGACAAGAAAAACCCACCGCACCAUGACAGCGCCCGCCAGAUACACCAAAAGCCGACAUACGUUCUUCACAGAAGAGGAUGCCGAUCUAGACUUUCCUGCUCGUGGGAGGAGCAGAACCCCCAAGACCUACAGUCCCACCAGAUUUGAGCCUACCGGGAUAUCACGAAAGCAGGCCGAGCCCCAGCAUUAUCAUCAAACACGUCCCAUCAAGCCGCGACACACCUAUCAGGGCAGUGAUUGGGACGAUAGCUCUCAUUCACAGCACUCGCGGGUACCCGCGCCCUCUCUGCCACCUGCAUUCCACGAGGAAAGACGGGAUCACCACCGCAGAUUCAAGUAUAAUGAAUUUUCAUCCUACGCUGGACGUGAACAUGAACUCCUCCCAUCUCAGAGAGAGGUUAUCUUGAAGUACAAUAAACAUACACAGCUGUUUCAGGAUAGGAUCCUGGAGAUCACAGACGACAUUUUCCCCUUUGACUGGGCUAAUUGCAAGAUUAUUCCUGACGGGGAUAAGUGCAUAGCAGGAUUGUGGCUGGGAAAGACUGAGGACGAGGUCUUGCGUGACAACAAUCUAGACAACGCAGUCGCUCAAAGCGAGAGAAGAAGUUAUCCUCAGGAUGCCAUGGAAGAUCUCAAGAACAUUGUGAGGAGGCUUCGUUAUGAUUAG